UGGAGCCAUUUUUGAGCUGGCAGGGCUGAGACUCGCGCUAGUUUCUAAUCCAUUGCAUCUGCCUAAAUGUGCUCUCAAUAUACUUUUAAACAUACAAAUAUCGGCAAAUAAGAUCAUAAUCUACUCUUUCAUAUCAAUAUUUUUGAAUUUGUCGCGGUGGAUUAUCUGAAAAGGGGCUUUAAACUAAAGGGACAAAGGGUACCCGAGCCCACAAAGAUGAGAAGAGGGAUCUCAUCAGCCCCGGAUAAAGUAAUAAUAGCAGGGGUUGGAGGCUCUUUAGAUAAAAAUGCGGUAUUGACAGCAUUGUCCGACCGGUUAACCCCUCAUUUUACAACUGCCACUUAUAUCCAAAUUAUAACUCCACCGCCCUGCAUUACACAGACUUCAAAUGUCUGUUUGUCCGAACCUCCAGCUGGCAGUAUAUAUUCCACUCCAAACGGAGCAACAAACGGAACCGGACAACGACCUACAUUAGGACGUCCACCGGCCAAGCGGAGGUUGGCGUUGGAUGAGUCGGACCACCAGUAUCCCAUCGAAGGAGCCAGGACCCCCAGGGGAAAGACUGGAGGAGCCUCCGGGCCUGGGCUCAAGAGCCCCAAAACUCCGAGGUCACCGGUAGAGAAGACGCGCUACGACACGUCAUUGGGCCUGCUGACGAAGAAGUUUGUUGAGCUGCUGGGCCAGUCGUCUGACGGCGUCAUCGACCUCAAUCAGGCCGCGGAGGUUCUCAAGGUGCAGAAGAGGCGCCUCUAUGACAUCACCAACGUACUGGAGGGGGUGCACCUGAUCAAGAAGAAGUCUAAGAAUAACAUCCAGUGGAUGGGCUGUAACCUGUCUGAGGAUGGGUCUAUGUUGACCAGCAGCCAGAGUCUGAGCAGUGAGCUGUGUGACCUGGGUCAGGAGGAGAGGAGACUGGACGAGCUGAUCCAGAGCUGUACCCUGGACGUCCAACAGAUGACAGAGGCCUCGCACAGCCACAAGUUUGCGUAUGUGACAUACCAAGACAUCCGCCAGCUACGUCACCUGAAGGACCAGACGGUCAUCGUGGUGAAAGCUCCCUCUGAGACCAAGUUGGAGGUGCCAGACCCACAGGAGGGCCUGUCGGUCCUCCUCACCAGCACCAAGGGGCCUAUUGAGGUGUUCCUCUGUCCGGAGGAGAACAUCGGUAGUCCUGUGAAGAACGGCGGCCCGGAUGUCCAAGGAAACUCCUCACCUUUCCUCAAAGUGUCAGCAGAGAGCUCAACAGGCCGCGGCAGUAACGACUACAUCCCUCCAGAUCCCUCUGCGGUGAUGGUGACCAACCUGUCCCCCAUCACCUCCCCUUUCACCAGCCUCCUGCUGCAAACGGAGGACCAGAUCCCCUCCUCCCUGUCUGGGCUCCUGGAGGGCCACGGGGCCGGGCCCUUCGUCAACCUGCCCCCCCCCCUCCUCAACGAGGACUACAUGCUGAGCUUAGAGGACGACGAGGGGAUCAGCGAUCUGUUCGACACCUGUGACUUUGACAAGCUUCCUCUGGAAGAACUCAUGUGUCCCUCGAUGUAAGAGGGGGGGUGUGGAAGACGGGAUGUGCCCCCCCCCCCAUUACUGAAUAGAGGGAGGGGUGGAAGACUGGAUGUGUCCCCCCUCCCCCAUUACUGAAUAGAGGGAGGGGUGGAAGACGGGAUCUGUCCCCCCCUCCCCCAUUACUGAAUAGAGGGAGACAUAGGGGACACUUGUCUCUGCUGUGUUCACGUGUACCAGGAGAGACGGGGAAAUGUCUGCUGUGUUCAUAUGUAACUGUCAUGGAGGAGCAGAGAGAGAUCCGUCUGUAGAGAGACUGCACCAUGGGGGGAGCUCCUUGGCACUCCUUUCCCUCUGUUUAAAGAGGAUUAGGUACACAGGGCAUGCUGGGUAAAAUAUCUCUCUCUGCCCCUGUGCCUGCCUGUUUGUCGAGGCAGUACACUGGGCCAGGUGGGUGAAAGACCCCCCCCCCCCCCACCCACCGUCUUUCUCUCCUUGUACCUGCCUGUUUGUCGAGGCACUGUAGACUGCCUUAAAACUGGGUCGUGUUCAGUAGGAACAAAACGUAUAAACUCAUUGAAACUGAAACAGGGGAUGUUUUCAAUUUCAGUUGCGGAAAGGUUUCGCCUCGCUUGUGGCCUCAUGAAAACGACCCUGACCAACUCUUCUCUCACUUCUCAGACCUUCUUUGUUUACUGAGAGCUGCCUUUUAUCCAAACGGGCGCUGGUGUAAACGCCUCCGUAACGAUCUGUGUGUUUUUUAGACAGCUGCUCGUGUGUUCCUUCUGGAUGCUUCUCUGCCGUGUCAGGUGACCAGCUUGACCCUAUGGCUGAUCUACGUUUGUGCUGAUGAGUUCUAUGCUUUUGUCUUCGUACGUAGAAUAUGGCAGUGAAAGUGUGAUGAUAGUGAUUUUGGCACAAAAAAACAUUGAGUUUUGUCUUUGAAACUUUUAGGAACCAGGGCCUCUACUCUAAUACUUUCAGAGCAACACUCAUUGUGGAGAUACUGUAUCAUAAAGUACAAGUUGACCCCUUAGUUUCUAUUGGGGACUUGUCAAGAUAUUAUCUCCUACUUAUAACUGUCAUAUUAACUGUCUAAUGACUGACGAGGGAUAUUUCGCUUUUUUUUUUUAUUGUUGGCAAAUAAUGGGUUUACAAGCGUCACCCAAAUUUAAAUUCAACAAGUCAGGGUUUAAUCAGAAACCCAAGUUGGUCUGUUCCGGUCUGUGUCGAUCUGAAUGGAUAUUUCUGAUCUGAAUGGA